CGCGCGCGCUCCCGCCCCUUCCCGGCGUCCUCCCGGCGGUGUUGCACCUGCGGCCGUGCUGCCCCUCCCCGUGCGCAGGGUCCCCGCCUGUGAAGUGGUGGCUUCUGGGGGGCGGGAGCCUGGAGCCGGGCCUCGGGGCGGGGAUGGCGCAGGAGGAGCGCGCGAGCCUGUCCGAUGUGCGGGCGCGGGUCGGGGCGGCGCACGGCAUCACCGACCUGGCCCUCACACUCCAGUUCUAUGACCGCUGGGCCCCGGAUUACGACCAGGAUGUGGCUGCCCUGCAGUACCGUGCCCCCCGCCUGGCAGUGGACUGCCUCACCCAAGCCUUUCCGGGCCCUCCCCACACUGCCCUGAUCCUGGACGUGGCCUGUGGCACCGGCCUGGUGGCUGCCGAGCUGCAGGCUCGGGGCCUCCUUCGGCUCCACGGGGUGGAUGGAAGCCCAGAGAUGCUGGAACGGGCCCGGGCCCGUGGCCUCUACCAGCACCUCAGCCUCUGCACCCUCGGCCAGGAGCCUCUGCCCAGCCCUGAAGGGACCUUCGACGCAGUGCUGACAGUGGGGGCCCUCAGUGACGGCCAGGUGCCCUGCAGUGCAGUGCCCGAGCUCCUGCGAGUCACCAAGCCAGGUGGGCUGGUGUGUCUGACCACCAGGACCAACCCAUCCAACCUUCGCUAUAAGGAGGCACUGGAGGCCACCUUGGACGGGCUGGAGCAGGCUGGGGCGUGGGAAUGCCUGGUGACAUGGCCGUGGACCGGUGGGAGCUGGCCACCUCUGAGCUCGAGGUGGUACCCGGCGGCUCUGCCAGUGACGGCUUCAUCUCUGGCAUUGUCUACCUGUACCGAAAGCAGGAAGUGGCCCGGGUCGAGGGGAUGAGGCCCAGUCCCCGGCCCCCACCUGACCUCUGACCCUCCGUGUGGCCCGGGCCAGGCCCAUCUGCUGGGCUGCCUCUGCUUCAUCUGGAAAAAUGGGGCCAUUGUGCCAGCCCUGUCCCUCAGGAGUGUUCCGCCUAUUAAAUGAGCUCCCAGAAGGGAGGGGAGGACU